CUUGGUCCUCAUUGGUCGCUGAGUGGCAGCCAAGGCCCGCUCCCAGCCGCGCUGCGCGUGCGCCGUGGAGUUAGCGGCUGCGGCGGCGGCUGGUGCGGGCUGCAGCGGCCAUGGAGGGGGGCGAGGGCUUGGUGUCGGUGGAUUACGAGGUGUCGGGCAGGGUGCAGGGUGUCUUCUUUCGCAAGUAUACCCAGAGCGAGGCCAAGCGGCUGGGGCUGGUUGGCUGGGUGCAGAACACGAGCCAUGGCACCGUGCAGGGACAGGCCCAGGGCCCGGCCGCCAGGGUGCGGGAGCUGCAGGAGUGGCUGCGGAAGAUCGGGAGCCCCCAGUCCCGCAUCAGCCGGGCGGAGUUCACCAACGAGAAGGAGAUAGCGGCGCUGGAGCACACUGACUUCCAGAUCCGGAAGUAACCUUGUCCAGAAAGCAGCCAACCUAGAGCACAGGCUGCCCUCGCCGAACAUCCCCACCUCCCGCCUGCUCAAUCAGCUGAUAUCCAGCUCUAGAGAACUUUUAUUUUGUUACAUUUCUAACUUAUUGGUUUGUUGUGCUGUUAUGUAGUGAUAAAACACCCGCGUCGCUUUGAGAGGUGGAACGUAGCUCGGUGCUGUCUGUGCUGAAGAGGCUGCCCGGGGGCACAGCCUCUGGUCCCCGAAGGCCUGUGCAGAGCGAGGUCUGAGCGGCAGUACUGAGUAACGUCUGUGAUUGGUGCAGUGCCGCGCUCACGUGGAGGAAAUUGCAGAAGUGGUACCAGCUGUAAAUAGUGCUGAAAGUGAGUUUGUUGUGACCUAAAUGUCUCCGAAGCAAUUUAUUUUGUUCUCUACCCGCGCAGAAGUUUAUUUUUAUUAGAAUAAAAGUACUUGGAGCUUGCUUGA